ACUCAUUCUGUUUGCGGUUCAAUUAUGCAAUUACUCUGAUAAUCGCAGUGAGGGAAUUUAACCGCCUUUAAUUUGUUAUUCAGGUGGAGAUGAUGGAGGGACCGCGGAUAGAGGAGCGGGGCUGCGCCUCUACUGCGCAGCGACUGCGGCAGAGGAGCUGCGGUCUGCAGAUUAAUGCAGAGGAAAAUAGAGGUCUGCUGGAGACUUUCCUCUGCUUUCAUCCUAAGGAGGAUCCCUGACCUCGGGUGGCUCACAUCUGUCUGCUUCUUCUCCGUCACGUGAUCAUUUACAACCAAAGUUCUUCGGACCCCAACCCCAGCCUCACCAAUGGGCUUCUCUGUCGCAAAGAGUGGACCAAUCAGCGACUGCCUUUGAUAAAUAUUCAUGAGUUCCAGAUUCAAACCUUUGAGCGAGUUUGUCUCGGUCCACAGCAUCACUCCCAGGACUUUUUCACAGGCGCAAACUGAAUUUUCUUAUGAAUGGAAGGAGAAAAAAUCAGGCCGGCUUAAAUUGGGACCCAUCCUUUAGCUGAGAUCACAAAAGGAGGAAAACAACAAAAGCGGAGCGGAGACAGGAGGGAACCGCCAGAAGAGAUGACAAUGACCACGAUUCCAGAAGGUCUUAAUAGCCCUGCCUCAGGAAAAGCCGUUUUCAUGGAGUUUGGACCCCCGAGUCAACAAAUGUCUCCUUCCUCCAUGUCUCACGGACACUAUCCCAUGCACUGUUUACAUUCUACAGGUCACACGCAGCACGACAGCUACAGCCCAGCAUCUUCGUUCCCCAGGUCUUUGGGUUAUCCGUACGUAAACUCCGUCGGUAGCCAUCCAACCAGUCCAUACCUGAGUACAGUACAGACCUACCAGAACAGCUCUGGGCUCACACAGACACGGCUGGAGGAUCCAGCACCAGAAGCUGAGAAGAACACAGUGGUAGAGGGCGGGGAGGUGCGAUUUAACGGCAAGGGGAAAAAGAUUAGAAAACCAAGGACUAUAUACUCCAGUUUACAGCUCCAAGCGCUCAACAGGAGAUUCCAGCAAACGCAAUACUUGGCGUUACCGGAGAGGGCUGAGCUGGCUGCGUCGUUGGGUCUGACUCAGACACAGGUAAAAAUUUGGUUCCAGAAUAAACGAUCCAAAUUUAAGAAACUAAUGAAGCAAGGCGGCAACACAAUCGACACAAACGUUUUAGCAACCGGCCGUGGACUUUCAACCGGCUCGCCUACGGUUGCUCAGGUUUGGACAUCCCCGACCACCGUGAAGACCUCGGUUGGAACAACCGGCUCUUACAUCCCAAGCUACACCUCGUGGUACCCGACCACGCACCAAGAGUCUAUGCAACAGUCGCAGCUCAUGUGAGCAGAGACUCAGGAUGUUGAGGGAGCCGCAGCGGCACGAGCGCGGCAUCGGCAUUGACGAUGCUCCACUAGAAAAGCUGCCGCAUCCCGCGCGCUGAGGCCUCCUCUUCCCGGCGAGCAGACAGGAGGGAGGGAGAAGCAGGAAAAAAUGGAGGGGAAGCUGAGAGGACGAAAAUGCGCACAGUGAACCCACGCAGGGCAGCGAGUCACUGGCAGCGGGAAUCAAAA